AUGCUCGUGGGGUCCCACCGCGCCGCGUCGUCGGCACUGCGCCGCUGUCGCGUGCCACUUCGUGCCGCUUUGUCCACCUCUACAGAUCCAUCGAACGUCCCGCUUUCCACGGGCCCAAGUCCCGCCAAGCGCAAGAAGAUCCUGUCCAUGCAGGCGUCUCCAGCUCAGAAUCUGCGCAACGCUCUGGAAGCUCUGGACGAAAUGAUUGAGGAAGCGGACCGCAAAGUCGUGAAGAAGUACCGACCGAAUGUGUUUGCCGAGUUCAAGCAGCUUAACGACACCGAAGGCAAAGUGCGGGAAGGUGCCGAUCUUCUUGUGGAAGUAGACAAAGCUACGCACGUUCCGUCGCUCUGGGCGAAAACGCUAGACGGCAAGAAGGUGGAUGUUCGAGCUUUGGUAAAUACAGGCAAAGCGGUCACGCUCGUGCUCACGUGUUUCAAGAACUACGGUCUGAACAUGCUACCGACGUGGCGGGAUGGGUUUGUCGCUGCGCUGAGCAAUUCGCAAGGCCAACUGGACACGCGAGUACAGACAGUGACGCUCAAUGUGAUUGAAGAAUGGUACAUGAAGGUCGUGGGUGGCAGCAUCACGAGGGGCUUGCAGGAAAAGAUACCCAAGGAGUUGCAUGCCACGACGCUCGCACACUUCGGACGCUGUGAUGACUUUCGGACGGCUAUGGCGUUGGACAAUAGUUUUGUGGGCUACGCACACCUUGUGGACGCAAAAGGACGUAUCCGCUGGAUCGCUGGAGGACCAGCGACGCCGAAGGAGCUGGAGCGAUUAGCGAACGUGACGCAAGAGUUGCUCGCACAAAGCUCACCGGCUCGUCGUCGAUAA